AUGAAAGAAGGACCAGCUGACAUGUCAAAUGAUAAAAAGAAUAACGAUGAAGAGGAAGAAUCAAGUUCAAGUGAUGACGAUAGUGAAUCAUCGAAUACAUCAAGUUCUGAUAGCAGUGAUUCAAGUGAUGAAGAUGGCUCAGAUUCCGAAAAAAAGAAAAAUCAGCCUGAGGAUAAACCAAGUAGUGAAAUCGUUACCACAAAAGAAGAUGAAGAUGAUUCUGAUACUAAUGAAACAACACGCUUAACUCCUAAGCAAGAAUAUUUAAAAUUGAAAGAAAAACGUACAAAUUUAUUCAAAAGAGCAUUACAACUAAGAGAUGAAUUGAAGGCACUGCCAAGUACCGAUAUGGAAGCUAAAAAACGUUUAUUGAAAGAAAUAAAAAAUAUGCGUGAACGUUGUCUAGUUGUACAAACACGUAUUACAAAUAUAAAAGCACGUUUGAGUCAUAGUCCAACACCAGAACGUCCAAUAGCGACAGCCACAACCGUACCCGAACAAAUUGUCUCAAAAGAAUUGAUUAAUGAAGAGAAACGAAUAACAUCAGCACUAACUCAACCGUUCAGUUCGCAGCAUUCAUCUGGUACACAGCAUCGUAAGCCAGCUCACCAUCAUGUUCAUCCUUCAAGACGACCACAACAUCGACAAAGACCCAAAACACCGGUUUCAUCGUCUCCCAGUAGUCGAUCAAGAUCACACUCAACAUCACCGUCAAGAGAGAGAAGCACAUCGGAAAAGGCCAACACUUCUAUCAAGAGUAAACCGUAUCGUGACUUGGAUGAGCCUGGUGAUGACAUAAACUUUGAUGAUUUUGAUCAGUUUGGUGUGGGUGGAAUUCAAACAUCUGCAUUAAGAAGUCGUGGAUUAAAAGCAGCAGCAAAACCUUCACAACAACGCUCAACAACAUCUUAUUUGGAUUUAACGGAUAAUUCACCAUCAAAUAUUCGUAGUCCCACACAUUCUUCAUCUAAUUUAAGUCGUUUAUCAUUAAGAGAUCGUGCUAUUAUCGAUAGUAGUGUACCGCAUGAACGUGAUCCAACAACUUUAAUUAAACAAACGGCUUCUACAAAUCACGAAUCAUUUAAUGAACAACGGACUUCUACAAAUUCGUUUGCUAAUAUCAAAUUUCCAUAUCCUGUUAUAAACGAUAAUCGUGAUUUAGAUAGAAUAAAUCGUAUUCUAAAAGAUAGACUACGUCAGUUAGAACAAAAAUGUAAUCAUUUACUAUUUGAACAAACAAAUUCUGCGAAUAGUAAUGAACAAGAAAAUAUACAACAGCAAAUAAAACGUUUGCAAAAACAAAUUGAAUAUGUUAAUGGACGUAUUAAAAUUGAAAAAUUAAAACGAACAAAAUGCAAAACACAACGAGAAAAAGAACAGGCAAAGAAAAAAAUGCAGUUUUUAAUUAAAGAUGUACAUAAACUUCAUUCAUUUAUGAAAACAGAAAAUAGAAAUUUUUUAAAAGAAAAUUCAACAACAUCUCAUAAUAAUUCAUUCGAACACACUCAACAUUUCGAAGAAGAAAAUAAUGAUAUCGAUGUGGAAAAUGAGGAAGUUGAAGAAGAGCAAUUGUCACCAAAAGAUUUAUUAAGAGUUACUGGGAAAAAAACAAUAUUUAAUAGCGACUCAGAAGGUGAAACUGAUAGUGAAGAUAAACAAAAACAUCAGGAUGAAGUUAUGCAACAACCACAAGUACCCGUAUGGCCAUCACAAAGUGAUACACGUACAGUACCAAAUACACAAGUAUCGGAUCCAGAUUUUGCGCAAUUACAACCGCCACUCGUUACACCAUCUUCAUUUGGUCGAUUUGAUUUUUCCGUUCCACCACCGCCUAUGGGCACUCCAAUGCCUUCAACACUGAAUACAAUAAAAUCGCGUGUCACUGAUUUAUUAAAUGCUGGUCCUACAACAAAAAUGCAGAUAGAUAACAAAAAAACAACAAACACCGGAGCUACGACGAUGAACACACGAACAAACCGAAAACGUCGAAAAAAGAAAAAACAUAAUAAGAAAACAAAUAGUGCUGAUACUACAGCUGCAACGAAAGACAGUGUAUUAGACCGAAAUGAUGACUUAAAACGACAAAUCGCCAUGCAAUUACAACAAAGUUUUUUGAAUAAUUCAUUGAUGGAAAGCAAUCCAAUAUUAAAAGCCUUAACAUUUGAGGCGCAAAAAAAACUUGGCAUCAAUAUAAAUGCUAACGACAAAACAGAGGGUAUGCAAAACUUGAACGUUGAAACAGAACAAAUGGAUUAUGAUGAUGGUAAUAUUAAUCCAUCAUCUUCAUCAACCAUUCCAUCUAUGUUUCCAUUUAAUAUGUUGAAUUUCCCACCUACAAAUAACAAUCCAUUAAUGAACAGAUAUCCAUCGAAUAAUCAAUCAUCGUCAACACCUCCUAAUUUAGCUGAUAUUCUUUUAACAUUGAAUGGAAAUUCUAAUUUAUCAGCUCAACAACAGCAAUCGUCGAAUAUGGCAUUUUUUCAAAAAUUAUUUGAUGGUGCACAACCAGCACAACAAACUACACCACUUAUAGCUCCCAUAUCAAAAUCAAUUUCAUCAUUUUUCGAACAGUUUACUACACAAUCACCAACAAUACCACCAACAUUAUCAUCCACAUCACCAGAAAAGAAUUUAAUUCAAGCGAGAAAAAUUCUUAAUUCAUUAACGCAUAAUGAUAUUAAUGAAUUAUUAAAAUUAAGUGGUGAUGAACACGACGAUGAUUACGAUAGUGAUGAUAAUAAUUUAUCAAUUGAUGGUGGUGAUAUGAAUAAUUUCACAAGAGGUUUAUCAGAAGAAGAUGAUUCAUGGAUCGAUAUUGAAAAUUGGAUGGCAAAUGAAAAUAAAAUAAAACAAGAACAACAACAGCAAGCACGAUCACAAGAUGAGACUAUUAAAAAUAUUGAAAAACAACACAAUAAAAUACAAACAUUAAAAAAUACCACAUUAACAUUGACAUUACCAAGUUUAAAUCGUUUUACUCAUUUAGGAAAACCCACUAGACGAAUAGAACGAACAUUUCCAUCAUUCUCAACACAAAAAAAACAGACAGAAAACAAUGUAUCUUUUAUAUCUCCCAUAGUGCCCACAUCAUCCGUUUCAUUGAGUAUGAUACUUUAUGGUUGUUGA